CGAGAUUAGUUUGAAUGUAAGAGUCUUCGUCCGGAGUUGUGGGCACAUGUUAAGGUGAGUAAGAAAAGAAAUAGAGCUGAUGAAGUUGGUGGCAGUAAGAAGAAGAUGAGUAAUGACAAAUUUUAUUUGCCUCCAGCUUGCUACACAUUGUCCAAAGCAGAGAAGCGGACAUUUUGUGAGUGUUUGUAUGGCAUUAAGGUUCCGUCUGGGUACUCAUCCAACAUGAAGAGAUUUGUGAGCCUAAAUGGUGAGCUGAAGUUGGGAAGCAUGAAAUCUCACGAUUGCCAUGUAAUGAUGCAAGUGUUCUUACUAAUUGCAAUCCGUGGAAUACUGCCAAAACAUAUGAGAUAUGCUAUUACCGAGCUAUGUUCGUUCUUCAACACAAUUUGUAGUAAAGUUCUUGAUCCCUUUAAACUUGAUGCACUUCAACUCGACGUGAUUGUAACUUUAUGCAAGUUUGAGAUGUAUUUUCCACCUUCUUUCUUUGACAUAAUGGUUCAUCUUAUUGUCCAUCUCGUUCGUGAGAUCAAGCUUUUGGGUCCAGUUUUUUUAAGGUGGUGUUAUCCUUUUGAAAGACACAUGGGUGUUUUACAAAACAAGGUGAGGAAUCCAGCACAACCCGAGGGGAGUAUGAUUCAAGGCACUGUGAGCGAUGAGAUUAGUAACUUUAUAGCCGAGUAUUUGGCCAUGGCAAAGCCUAUUGGACUUCCCACCUCUAGACAUGAAGAAAGGCUUGAGGGAAAAGGAACAAUUGGCUCCAAAUCGGUCACACCUCCUCGAGAAAGCCUUCUACAAACACACUUGUAUGUGUUGCAUCAUAUUCCGGAAGUUCAUCCUUUUUUGAGUGAGCAUUUUGAUAUAUUGCUCGCAAAACAUCCUUCUAAAGGGGAUAGGGCAUUGAUGCAGUUGCAUAACAAGACGUUUAUUAAUUGGUUUCAUAAUCGAGUAAUAUGCGAAGAACUCAAGGGUGUAUCCGAAAUUGUUAAGUGGUUAGCUUUUGGUCCUCGUGAUGAUGUCAACAAAUAUGAGGGUUACGAUGUCAAUGGCUUCACAUUUUGGACUGAGGGUCAAGACAAGAAGUCAUCGUAUCUACAGAAUAGUGGGGUUUCUAUUUUGGCGUCGUCUACAUUUUACGCGAGUGCGAAGGAUCAAGCGCUGGUUGAUGCUAAAUUGGUAUACUACGGGCGGGUACAUGAAAUAUGGGAGCUUGACUACUCUACUUUCAAUAUUGGUCUUUUCAAAUGUAAGUGGGUAGAUAAUAAUCGACGAUGCAUUAAAAAUGACGACCCUUGUGGAUUCACUCUUGUAGACUUAGCUCGUUUGCGUGAUAGUGAGGAGCCAUUCAUACUAACUACACAAGCCAAGCAAGUAUUCUACAUUGUCGACCCGUCUGAUAAAAAAUGGUUUAUUGUUGUACCGGGAAAAAGAAGUAUCCUUGGUAUAUUUGAUGUUGAGGAUGAGGAAGAAUAUGAUGCUUUUGAAGACUCCCCUCCCUUUAUUUAUCCAAAAUCAGUGGAUCAAGAUGAUGUAGAUGAUGUAGAUGUUGGUUAUAUGCGUGUAGAUCACACGGAAGGAAUACAUUUGAAUUAAGUGAUUCACAAGGUACUGAAAUACAAUGCAUCUAUUAAGAGACGAAAUUGUCCCCGAGAUUGAGACCUCGGAUAAU